AGCAGCUGUUACUCAUUCCACAAUAGGGCCGCCUCUCCAGCCCUGUGAGUGUGUGUGUGAGACUGUUUGAGUUGCGUUUAUUAAACUGGACACACUACUGCACAAGGCUUAUUCUUAUCGCGUGACAGAAGUUUCCCUUCAGAGAAGUCUUCGGUGGCGCAGGAGACUCCCCACUGUCCCCAGAGACUAAUUAACUGUCACAAACACUGCCAACCCAUUGAGAAGCACUUUCAAACUCCAAUUUCAUCAAAACAGUGUUCAUCCCCUCCUCAGGAGAACGCUCAUGUCCUUACAAGGUGACCAAACGUUUUGGGGCACUCUUGGUGACUCGGGCCCGAGGAAAGUACCACGAUGACAGGCCGACAAACCCAGAAGCUAUUGCUUUGGUUCAUUGGGUUGUUGGGCAUUGGAUUGUUGGCGUUAACUGUGGUAUGCGUGGCUCUGCAGAUGCAGGUGCCAUGGCAAAGGAUGACCAUCCAAAGCUUCACUGUAAAAAAACACAGGUAUUUCAGAAAUGAGAGCAAAAGCUUUUUGGACUACCACACAUCUGCUGAGAAUGAACUGCCCAAUGCUGAAGAGCAAGAGCAGAGUUCAUCCCAGCUAUCAGAUAUUCAGGAUUUGUCAAUAUCAGACAACUCAAAGCCUGAUCAUGCAAAUUCAAACACAAGCUCCUUAAAACAAGUGCCAAAAAAUGAGACAAAAUCCAUCAAACCAGCAAAACCAACUGAACCAGACUUUUUUGGUGACCAGUAUGCCAUGGAUGAUGUACCUUCACAAACAAACUGUCCAAGCAGCAUUAGAAAGCAUGUGCCUCAGACUGCAUUUGCUGAGGUGUUUCUUCAAAGCAUUCCAGUCCUUCAGUGGGCAAAGCAUUUCACUCCAGAACAGUACCAGCGGUUGAGGCACUACGGUGGAGCGCAUGGCUGGGGAGGCGUUGAUUUCGAUGUGUUAAAGAGCUCACUGGGAAUUUUAAAUACAACUGCAAAUCGGUUAAUGUUUGACGACUGGGAACAGAGGAAGAACAGAUCACAGUGCAUCCGCUGUGCCGUGGUGGGAAAUGGAGGAAUUCUGAAUGGUUCAAUGAAAGGCCAAGAGAUCGAUGAACAUGACUAUGUCUUCAGGGUGAAUGGUGCAGUUCUUAAGGGGUUUGAGCAGGAUGUGGGAUCUAGGACUUCAUUUUAUACAUUCUCCACCAACACCAUGAGAAACUCCAUGCGUAGCUAUGCUGGUGUAGGCUACAGGGGACCACCAGUAACCAAGGAAACUAGAUAUAUUUUCCUGCCAGAUCAUGACAGAGAUUACAUACUUAUGAGGGCAGCUGCCACACACACAAUAAUUGAGAAAGGCCCUGAGCGCAGCAAAAAACCACUUACAUACUUUGGUGAAGAUGUGACUGUAGAAAAUUUCAAAAUGUACCACCCAGACUUUAUCCGCUACCUUAGAAACAGAUUUCUGCAUUCGCAUCUUCUGAAAACUGGUGCGAGAAGAAUUUACAGGCCUUCCACAGGAGCAGUAAUGCUUCUGGCAGCUAUUCAUACUUGUGACCAGGUAGACGCUUAUGGGUUCAUGACUCCUGACUACAGUUUGUACUCAGACCACUACUAUGACAAACAUCGACAUCCGGUGCAUUUUUUUGCCAAUCAUGACAUGCGAAUGGAAAUGAAGUUGUGGCAACAGCUGCGUCAAGCAGGACUGAUGAAUCUUUACAUGCGCCAGUGAGCGCAAAAUGAUGGAUACUUGCCUUUGUACAAGUUGUUUCAUUACCGUCACUGAAAAACCAGCAUGGGAGGCCACAGGACAAACCUGUUAUUCCCCAUUCUGUAUCUGCUGUUUAUGCUAUUGACAAUGAAUAUCAGUUGUUACUGAGGUUUUUCUAGUUCAAUGAGGUACUAUGUACAGAAGCUACUAAGGAAUGUCACGUGCUACAUUUGCUGAAUUUGUUCUCUUUCUACUAAAUGACAAAGACUUUAUUUAUAGGUGGAAGGGAGCCUUGUUAAUGCCCUUAGAAUUUAGAAUAACUGAACUGAAGUCUGUGUUCUUGGCCUCUAUUUGUUCUCACAUUGUUUGUGAGUCAUUCCAGAUCAAGGCAGGGCAGCAUGGACUGUGGUGCCACUCUGGACAACUUACUAUGUAAAAAGGAUUCUAUAAUAUGUUGACGUGCCUUUGGACUUCUUAGAUGAUGCACUGGCAUGGUGUUUGAGUGAGAAAAAGUGUGGGAGAAACAGAGAGAGCUUUUGAAAAAAUACCUGCAUGCAAAAAUGAAAACUGAAACUUCAGAGCAUCUCACCGAGUCCAAAAUAAUCAGUCAACAAAAGAGAUGAAUUUAAACGACUUUUUAAUGAUAUUCUAAAUCAUAUCGCUUUAACGUGGUAUGUGUAUUAAACGUUUGUAGAUGGUCCAUCCAAAGUGCACUUCAUGAUGCACUACAUAAAAAAUCUACUUUAUGAAAGGGGUUUUAAAGGGUUUUCUGUUUUUAUGAUGACUUUUAAAAACAUAUUUUAACUUUUAUAUUAUGUCCGGAUGUCUUGACUGGUUUAGGGAUUUGUCACACUCUUGAUUCAAGUUUAAAAAUCACUCCACUUUUUUAAAGCAGAAAUAUUGUUAACAGAUACAAAUUAAUACUGAAAAUUGAAAGUUUUUUUAUGCUCAAAAUAAAUCUUUGGAAAUUGUGCUGUUGA